AUGCUCCUCCUCCUCACACUUCCCUCUCGCAAAGUCUACAAAAAACCUGCCACACCAGUACGUUUAGGCCACAGGAACCUUUCUGAGUGCGUUUCGGAAAACAACAUGGCAAACGAUGCAUCUCCAAAAAGACGCGACGGAAUUGUGAUUGACGAUAACUGGUCUGGCUACAGUUUAGACCUGUUCAGUUACCCCUCUCACUACGCUGGGGACUUGGACUGUGUCAUCGUCCCACAUGGAGUGAUCAUGGACAGGACGGAGCGCCUGGCCCGGGACAUCAUGGACGACCUGGGGAACAAAGACAUUGUGGUGCUGUGUGUCCUGAAAGGAGGAUACCAGUUCAGUGCAGAUCUAGUGGACAAGAUUAAGGUCCUGAGCUGCAACUCCAACCGCACUAUCCCCAUGAGGGUGCACUUUAUCCGGCUCAAAAGCUACAUGAAUGACAAAGCCACAGAAGAUCUUCACAUAGUUGGAGCAGAAGAUCUGUCUUUUCUAACAGGAAAGAAUGUUCUGAUUGUUGAGGCCAUAGUAGGCACUGGGAAGACUAUGAAAACACUAUUGAAGCACGUAGAAGCUUUCAAGCCUAACAUGAUCAAAGUUGCGGGACUGCUGGUCAAACGUGUAGCACAGAAUUCCCCGUGGCUUCCUGACUAUGUUGGUUUUCAAAUUCCAAAUCGAUUUGUGGUUGGAUACGCCUUAGACUACAAUGAGUAUUUUAGAGAUCUUAAUCACAUUUGCAUCAUCAGUGAGAGUGGAAAGUUGAAGUACAAGGUUUAA